AUGGCCCUCAGAAUCGGGCUUUGUCAGGGCCUCAAACAGUUCCUCAUGCUGGGGUUGCUAGCGUGGGCCCUCGUCCUCCUCGGUUCCCUCUCCGUCUUCAGCGACCUGCCCCUCGGCCGUCCGUCCCAGUCCGCUGUGCGGUCGCGGUCUCACCCUCAGGUGCAGCACAGCUCCAGGGUCAUCAUGGCCUCUCAGACCGAGAGCGCCACGGCCGGCCCGACCGAACCCCGCCGGGGCGGCGACGGAGCGACGCGGGGUCGCGAGGCCCCGAGCUCGAAAUUCUCUCACCUCGGGCCGCCGCACAGACGCAUCAGACUCCAACAGCAGAGGAGGCUGAAGAUGAGGAGGAGUGCGAUGCUGAGAAGGAGGAGGAAGAACGGACGAGGCAUUAAAAACGCGGAGGAGGGUCUGGACUGGGAGGCGCGCCACGCGGUGCGGGGGCUGUGGAACGGCAGCGCGUCUGCGCGGAUGCUGAGCCCGCGGCUGAAGGAGGCGGCCGAGUUCUACGUCAACGACAACAAGCACAAGGUGGACUACAGAGGGCCCCGCCGCGCGGGACUGGACGGAAAACAGAUCCUGUGUCAGCUGAAGGAGAAGGCGCGUCUGCGGACGCUGGACGGGUCCGAAGAGCCGUUCUCCAGUCUUGGGUGGGGGAGACUGGUGCCCCCCCAGGCCCUGGAGAAACUCCCCGGCGCUCCGUUCAAAACGUGCGCGGUGGUGGCAUCAGCGGGCGCCAUCCUGAACUCUAUGCUGGGGAAAGAGAUCGAUUCCCAUGAUGCCGUGGUGCGAUUCAAUGCAGCGCCAACAGAAAGCUACGAGAGAGAUGUGGGCAGAAAGACAACCAUCCGUAUCAUGAAUUCUCAGAUCUUGACGGACGCCCGGCACAACUUCAGCGACAGUCCUCUGUAUCGUAACGUCUCACUGGUGGCCUGGGACCCCGCCCCGUACACGGCUGACCUAUACCAGUGGUUCCAGAGUCCUGAUUACAACCUGUUCACUCCGUAUGAGACCAGGAGAAAAGCCUCCCCAUCCCAGCACUUCUAUGUCCUGCAUCCAGCCUUCAUCUGGAGCCUGUGGGAUGUCAUUCAGAGCAACUCACAGGAGGACAUUCAGCCAAACCCACCUUCCUCAGGGUUUAUAGGUAUCAUUGUAAUGAUGACACUCUGUGACGAGGUGGACGUGUAUGAAUACAUCCCAUCAGUGCGGCAGACCAGCCUGUGCCACUACUACGAGGGUUACUUUGACAACGCCUGCACUCUGGGGGCUUACCACCCCCUCCUCUACGAGAAGACGCUCAUACGGCGGAUGAGCAGAGCCACUGAGGAAGACCUGAAGAGGAAGGGCAAAGCCACGCUGCCUGGCUUUCACACGGUCACCUGUCCACCCUGA